AUGGGGGUGUGCAUGAGGGAGAGGAGGGUGGCCGAGGACACACUUCAGAUCAAACAGAACACCCGUUGCAGGCCAGGAAGCAGCCCUCCUGGUCCAGGCUGUUCCUUCUCCCGAGCUAAGGUCAGCAGGUGCUGGCUCUCCACAGGUCAGGAGGGCGGAGACAAGCCGCUGGCUGCCAGGCUAGAGGAGGAGGAAGCCCUGCAGAGUUCAGCCCCCCACACUCAGGAAGCCCCAAGUGAGGACGUGCCCCGCUCCUGCACCGCUCCCGGGGAGAAGCAACCAUCAGAGGCCCCUGGAGGAGUUGCUGGGGCUGGUGCUGGGAGAGCCUGCCCGCGCCAGGGCUCAGGGGCUCUCCGCAAAGACAGAGCCCUGGGCCCGCCUAGACCCCAGCCUCAGGGGGAAGGGCAUCCUCUCCCGGUGCGAGAGGGGAAGCUGGGGAAGAGGCCCUACUCUCCAGCCGCUGGUAAGCAGAAAAAGCCUAACGCUGUGGGCCUGGACUCCACGGCAUCUCCCAGUGUCGCUAACCCAGCCCGGGCCACGUACAACCCAGUGCCUUGUGGGUCAGGCCGGGGCUCCUGCCAUCUGGCCAACCUCCUCAGCACGUUGGCCCAGAACGGCCAAAACACAGGCCAGAAGAAGUCCCCGGAUGUGACCUGCCAAGGCCGGAAAAAGACGCGGACUCUAUACCGCUCGGACCAGCUGGAGGAGCUAGAAAAGCUCUUCCAAGAAGACCACUAUCCGGACAGCGAUAAGCGCCGGGAGAUUGCCCAGAGGGUGGGAGUCGCCCCCCAGCGCAUCAUGGUAAAGGGCCCUGGCCCUGGGGUGGGGUGGAGGGGAGCCCGCCCUCAGGCUCUACCCUGUUUCUCAAGCUCUUCGGGUGUCUCUCCCCUACAGGUGUGGUUCCAGAAUCGCCGGGCAAAGUGGCGAAAAGUGGAGAAAAUGACUGGGAAGGAGAGCACGGACGCUACUGCUGGCUCUGCCCUCAGCCCCACCAGCAACCAGUGCAGCUCUACAGCCGGACCGCCACCUGCUGUGCCCGCGGACCGGGAGCCUGGGACCUUCGCUCAGGAGCCCCCACUGGAUCCCCUUCCAGAGCCCCCCAUGCUGCUGACAUCUGACCAGACUCUGGCCCCGACCCAACAGAGUGAGGGUGCCCAGAGGGUGGAAGUGACCCCACCACUAUUCAGCCCCCCACCUGUCCGAAGAGCCAGCCUUCCUUUCCCCCUCGGCCCCGUGCACACCUCCCAGCUGAUGUCUUUGCUGCUGGAUACCCCAGGCAACGAGAACAGCCGCAAGGAUGGCCCUUGUGGGUCGUGGGGGACAAGCGUCACGCCACCCCCCGCCUGCUCGUACUUGGAGGAGCUGGAACCCCAGGAAUAUCAACCCAGCAGCCAGCCAGGACCGUUCCAGUUCUCCCAGGCUCCACAGAGCCAGCUUUUCCAACACCCCCAGCCCCAGUUUCCAUACCUGCACCCCUUCCCCUUCCACAUGCCCAGCUCCCUGACCCCUCCACUGCUGGAAGACUCUCUGUCUGCACUGUCCUAUGGCCCCAGCGGGGGCACAUCCCAGGGCCACUUCCAAGGCCCUCCAUCAGGGCAGAUCCCGCUGCAGCCACCCGCUGGGAACAUGGGUACAGUCCCCUGGAAUGACCCCUGCUUGCCAGACCUGCCCUUGCCCAGUUCCUUCUGUCCACCAGCUCUGGGGGGCCCCCCGGGAGGGGACGGCUACUUCCUGGAUCUGUUUGCAGCCCCUUGUGCUCAGGCUUCGAGCAGGCAGCCUUCUCCAGGCCUCGCCCGGCUUCCUGAAGGGACCAGGCCCGGCGCGGAGCCCCUACUCAGCAAGGCCCAAGAGGAGCUGCCCGCCGCCGCUGUGGAGCUGCCCUCAGCCCCCGAGGAGGGCCGAGAGGAAGACUAG